UAGAUGCUGCAGCAGGCAAGCACGGCAUGGGAAGCUGAGUAGUAUUUAUAGUUUGAAAUUAUUUUUUGCUCAGCAUCAGGGACUAGAGCAUUUUGGUCUUGCGGCUUUAAUCUUAGAAGAAAGAAGAACAGAGAAGUACUUCUUGUAACAGUUGAAACUCUGGGCUUUCUGAUAGGGGAACAGCAUACAGCUAUACCACCCACUGGGUACAGAUGGUUGUGAAGUCGGAUAAGCUAGCAAUGACUGCAAAAUACUGUAUCUUUAUCUUGCAUGUUGGAGUCUGAUUUCCUGCUGUUCUCUACCAUGCCAUUGCUUGAAAUUGCAUUCUGCCUCUUAGCUACAGCUACCUAGCCAGUGAAAAUCCCAAAGGACCAUCAAAAGGAGAAAAUCAGGCAUCAGUGGAUUGAAUUAACAAGCAAGCUGACAAAGCACCACCUGCUUUUGGAUUAGUGCUUUGUAAGAUGAACUUCACCCAUCAGUAUGGAGUUCAUCAGUCGCUGAACUCCUGGAAUCACAGCUACAGACUACAUGUUGGUGGCAUGAAUAGAUCAAUGGGGAAGAGUUACUCUACGGAAGAGUGCUACGAACAACUUUUUGUCUCACCAGAAGUGUUUGUCACUCUAGGCUUCAUCAGUUUAUUAGAGAACAUUCUGGUGAUUGUGGCCAUAGCCAAGAACAAGAAUUUGCAUUCGCCAAUGUAUUUUUUUAUUUGCAGCUUAGCUGUGGCCGAUAUGCUGGUGAGUGUCUCGAAUGGAUCGGAAACCAUUGUGAUCACCCUGUUGAACAACACAGAUGCAGAAGCACAAGGCUUCACUAUCAACAUUGACAAUAUCAUUGAUUCUGUGAUUUGUGGCUCCUUGCUUGCGUCCAUUUGCAGUCUGCUUUCAAUAGCUGUGGACAGGUAUUUUACGAUCUUCUAUGCUCUCCAGUACCAUAACAUCAUGACAGUGAGGCGCGUUGUUAUCAUCAUCACUUGUAUCUGGGCUGCUUGUACUGUUUCAGGCAUCUUGUUCAUUAUUUACUCUGACAGCAGUGUGGUCAUCAUUUGCCUCAUCAGCAUGUUCUUCACCAUGUUGGUCCUCAUGGCUUCCCUCUACGUCCACAUGUUCAUGCUGGCACGGCUGCAUAUGAAAAAGAUUGCAAUUCUUCGGGGGACCGGCCCAAUUCGUCAAGGUGCCAACAUGAAGGGAGCCAUCACUUUGACCAUCUUGAUUGGGGUGUUUGUGGUGUGCUGGGCCCCACUCUUUCUCCACCUGCUUUUCUACAUCUCAUGCCCUCACAAUCCAUACUGCAUUUGUUUCAUGUCCCAUUUUAACUUGUACCUCAUCCUUAUCAUGUGCAACUCUAUCAUUGAUCCACUUAUUUACGCAUUCCGGAGCCAAGAGAUGAGGAAAACCUUCAAAGAGAUUAUGUGCUGCUGCAGCCUGAGAGAACUCUGUGAUUUCUCCAGCAAAUAUUGAAUGGAAACAGAUAAACUACUGGCUGCAUAUAUGAAGUCUGCUGACAUUUCUUCCAAUGCUGCUUUAGAGACUCUGGGCUAUAUCAUUAAUAAUGAACAUCUUUCUACUGUAGUUCUUCAUUGUAUUUUUCACCCUUUAUGGUUGUCAAGCUACAAGUGUCAUUCUUUAAAUGUUAAAGUAUUAUUGGUAGUUUGGAAUGCCUCAGCAGACUUUAAUUAAAAGAGAAUGUCUUGAUAUUUUCAAAGCUGUAAGAUACCAAUAAAAUGAUGCUGAGAAUUAGGAAGUAAAUUAUUGCCUUAAUUUAAAAAGAACAUGCAGCUCUGCUCUCAGCAUUGCUCCAUAAACCUGCUGAUGUUCAAAAGCAGGAUCUAGUUUAUGCCUUGCAUACAUGCAGUUCACUGGAAAUUGACCAAAAUAUGAGGAAGGUUGAGAAUUACUAGAGGCUUUUGUUAUAUUUCAGACUGAACUCAAAUGAAUGCUAAAAAGGCAUUUGUUGAGCUGAAGGCAAUGGGCAGGAUACAGCUGAAGUUAGAGAUGAAUCAUGACCAAGUCUAACUGGAGCAAAUUAGAUGUGACUAACUUAAGCCUCAUUACUUCCAAUGGGGCUUAGGCAGACCUAGCUUAUUUCAACUGGAAUAAUUUGUUGCAGUGAGGUUUGUUUUGGGAAUUGGAAAUGGUGAUGCAAAUGCUGUCAUGAAUAGCUUUUUGUUUCAGCAGAACUGUUUA